AUGAUUGCCGCGAUUUCUCUCUCAACGAACAUACCCGCCGGUUCAACUAACAUAACUGUAACUUCAGGCCCCAACGGUACUCAAAAACACAGCAAACCUCUAACUUCAACCCUCAAAUGGCUUGCCAAAUCCGGCAAAUUAGACGAGGCCCUUCGCCUGAUCGAAUCCUCACCGUCCAGAUUAACAUUCACCGAGCUCGAUGUAGAAGCCUACUCUCUCCUCCUCCACACCUGUAUCUCCAGAAAAUCAUUGGAGCAUGGCCGAAGGCUUUAUCUUCAACUUCUUCUCUCCAAGGACAGAGGUAACAACCACAGCCUUCUCCACAACCCAACUUUGAAAAGCAAGCUCAUCACGCUUUACUCUGUUUGCGGCCGAAUGGAUGAGGCUCGCUCUGUUUUCGAGGAUGGGUUGGAAGAUGAACAGGUUCCCGAGUCAGUGUGGGUGGCAAUGGCUAUUGGGUACUUGAGAAAUGGGUACUUGGUUGAAGCUUUGCUUGUGUAUUGUGACAUGCUGAUCCGGUUUGUCCAGCCGGGUAAUUUCGCUUUUUCGAUGGCGUUGAAGGCGUGUGCAGAAUUGCCUGAGUUGAGAGUUGGUAGAGCAGUCCAUGCCCAGAUUGUGAAUCAAUUGAAGAGCCUGAUCAAGUGGUGA